UGGUGGUGAGAUAUAUAGGAGGAGGAGGAGUCAGUCACAAAACACAAGAUGAAGAAAAGGGUAAAGUUGGAAUUUGAAAAGAGUGGGUAUAUAUUCAUCAUAUGGGGUUUAAUAUGGGAACUGGUUAAAAAGGAAGCCCAAGUUGUUUUGUUUUGUCUCUUUUCACGGGAGAGGAAACGAGUGAGAGUGUGUGUGUGUGUGUGAGAGGGAGGCCUAGAGAGAGAGAGAGAGAGAGAGCCUAGAGUAGACUACUGUUGUAUACUGCGGAAGCUGGAGAAGUAGUGGUGGAAUAUAAGAGGGGAGCCUGGAAACCACCCGUCGUCGUCUCUAGCCACGCUGACCUGUCUUUGACUUCGCCGCCAAACCACUUUCCCUUUUUGUUUUACUGGUUCUCCGGCAUGGGAGACCCCGGCUUCGUUAGGUUUCCUGGGAGUUUAGACCCUCGAGCGGAGGAGUUCCGCCCCGGAAACCCUUUCCAAAUGCAUUUGCUUCAACCCCAAAUUUAUUACCCAUACCCUACUCCGCCGCCUCCUCCUCCACCUCCAUAUGGUGCCCCGCCCUUCUGCGACGGCUUGGUGUACCCCCAGUUCGCGGCUUCUUCGGCGUACGUUAGCCCCAGCCCGCCGCUGCCGCCGCCCUGCACCACGGCGACGAGGACGCUGCUGCUGAGCUCCGUGCCGACAGACGUGAGUGAGUCGGAGGUCAGGCGAGAAUUGGAGGUUUUUGGCGACGUGAGGGCGGUGCAGAUGGAGCGGGUGGCCGGCGGCCUCGUGACGGUUCACUUCUACGACCUCCGCCACGCCCAGGCGGCGGUGCUGGACAUUCGGAACCAGCACAUGCAGCAGCAGAGCCGGCUGAGGAAGCACUUUGAGGCCUUGUUGGCGCGGAAUUCGGUGUUUGAGCCCAAGAGUUUGGUCCCUCCGCUGCCUCCGCCGGGCCCUGGCCUCGUUGCCGGCCAUGCUGUGUGGGCACAGUUCACGAUUCCGGUGAUGUCUGGGGUUCCCGACGGUCUCAACCAAGGGACGCUCGUGAUUUUCAAUCUGGACUCGGAGGUCUCCACCUCUACUCUUAAAGAAAUUUUCGAAGCUUUUGGUCCAGUGAAGGAAUUGAGAGAGACGCCAUUGAAACGUCACCAACGGUUUGUAGAGUUCUACGAUGUUAGAGACGCAGCCAAGGCUCUUGCAGAGAUGAACGGAAAGGAAAUUAUCGGCAAGCGUGUGGUAAUCGAAUUUAGCCGCCCUGGCGGUCAUGGGAGGAAGUUCUUCAAACCCGCACAAAAUACAACCAAACACUUCAGCUCCGCCGCGAAUUGUCCCGCACGGAAUUCCCGGCGUUUGCCGCCGCCGCCGUUUUCCGUCGACAGCUUGCCGCCUCGUUGCUACAAUUCUCAGACUCAAUCCUACACCAAGAAGACGAGCUUUUAUCGGGGAAACCCUAACGUGAAUGGAGGAAACAGAAGUGCAAAUGGUGGGGAUCUUGUUCAAUCUUCAAUGGCUUCCCUGUGUGUCAAUGCAAAUGGAGCUGAAGAUCAGUGCUGUAGUAAAGUGCCAUUGAAGAAGAACACAAAGAAGGGUCAAAAUUCGUGUUCCGGUGCAGAGCAGCAACAGCAACAGCAACAACAGGCUUCCAAGAGUAAUCGGCCAUUGAAGGGAAGACAGGCAAAGAAUUUCGACCCUCGUUUCUUGAUAAACGAAGAUGCCAUUGCGGAAUCGAAUUGCAAAGAUUCCAGAACUACUGUCAUGAUCAAGAACAUACCCAACAAGUACAGUCAGAAGCUACUGCUCAACAUGCUGGACAACCACUGCAUUCACUGCAACGAGCAGAUUGCCAACGCCGAUGACCAGCCCUUGUCCUCCUACGAUUUCGUAUACCUCCCCAUUGAUUUCAUCAACAAAUGCAAUGUGGGAUACGGGUUUGUGAACAUGACCUCCCCGCAGGCAGCCUGGAGGCUCUACAAGGCCUUUCAUCUUCAAAGCUGGGAAGUCUUCAACUCGAAGAAAAUCUGUGAAGUCACCUAUGCUCGGUUGCAGGGUUUGGAGGCGUUGAAAGAGCACUUCAAGAACUCGAAGUUCCCGUGCGAGGCGGAGGAGUACCUGCCGGUGGUGUUCGCGCCGCCGCGUGACGGACGGCAGGUUACGGAGCCUACCCCCAUCGUCUGCCGGACCACCGUUUAUCUUCAGUCUCCUCCGGCCCUUAGUUCCAAGAACUCCGAAGCCGAUGAUGAUGAGGAUAAUGAUGAGGAAACUGGCGGUGGAAAUGGGCCAUGGGAAAGAGAAGUAAAUGGGUGUAUUAAUGAGGAAAGGUGCAGCAGCAGCAUCAGCAACGGCGGCCGUGGCUUCCCAAACGGCGGCGAUGAUGGCAGUGAUGCCCAAGAAAAAGUAAAUAGUUGGGGGGGGAGCCUAGAGUAGAGUUGCAGUGUGCGUCACUCAAAAUGAAAGCUUUGAUUGAGAGAGAGAGAGAGAGAGAGAGAGGUGGAGAAGGAUAUAUCUAUAUAUAUAUAUGUAUCAUGAUAUUUGUUUUUCUGGUAUUAUAUCUGAUUACAUCUAGGCACUACAACUGCUACUGGCUGUGGCUAUAACUGGCAAACAACAGCCCAAUGGAGGAGACGAGAGGGGAUGGAAAAACGUUGGGUUUCUUUCUUGUUGAGCUCCGAACCCCCCCCCCCCCCCCCCCCCCCCCCCCCCCCUCUCUCUCUCUCUCUCUCUAGUUCUAUCUGUUGCAAUUUCAGUAAGAUGAAUUGAAAGAGGGGAUAUGUGUUUACAGCUUUUAAGCAUAUAUGUAUUAUUCUUGAGGAUUUUUGGCAAUCGGGCUUUCUGUUUGAUUAAUGCUUUUUGUUCUCUUUUGUGUGUGUGUGUGUGUGUGUUUGAUUUGGAUUGAAAUACAUUGGGAACACUAAAGCAUCUAUUCCACCUGCCUUUUAUCAACUUGAUGAUGGAGCAUUGG